UCCUGUCCCUACGCAGCUUUGCUCACGCUGCAGUUCUAUUCAGCAAAAGCAUCUUCCUCUCUUCUGACGCCCGGGACGAGUGCUGCAGACUGCGUGCCUCUAUCGCAUUGCAUGCACCUGACCAACAGCGCUAUAAAGUCCGGCUAUCUCUGUCGACGGCAGCACUUAAGUCGUGCCAAAGGAGUAUCAGUCGCCAGACCUCGCGCUGCAUCGCAACGCAAGUCAACAUGUCCGUACACAAGAGAGUAGACUUGACCGAUAUCAUUGGCAAAUAUGGCCCUUUUCAACGGACAACGUUCGUCUUCGCUGCAGCCAUCAGUAUAUUUGGUGCAUAUCAGACCUUCAUUCUGAUCGUGGUCGCGCCAGACAUGGACCAUUGGUGCGCAAGGACGGAGCCUUACAAGGAUAUGCCCGUUCAAAAGUGGAAGGCGAUGGCCGUCCCAGCGGUGACUGCGGACAGGUACAGUCGCUGUGAAAUGUGGGAUCUCGACAAGCGGGAUAAUAAGACUAGAACCAAAUGUGUGAGUUGGGAGUACGACAACGACUUCUACGGAAGCACUAUCGUGGAAAGGUGGAACCUCGUCUGCUCCGAUCAAUGGCUGGUGUCUCUCACGCAAUCGGUCUUUAUGGCCGGCUGCAUGACAUCUAUCAUCAUAUUUGGACAGCUCGCUGACAGGAUUGGUAGACGCACGGUGAUCUGCAUAGCCCUCACUAUCCUCCUGGUGGCUGGAUUUGCUGCAUUGCUUGCCAAAAGCUUUCUCAUGUUCGUCAUCAUUCGAUAUUUCAUAUCUUUUGGAGGAAGCGGUGUGGGAUCUACCUCAUUCAUCCUCAUGAUGGAAGUGAUCGGCCCAAGCCUUCGGUCACCUCUGGGUCUGGCAUACGAGUUUGGCUGGGCUAUAGGCUACCUUCUGCUCGCCAUCGUAGCGUACUUUGCCAGGGACUGGUUCUACAUCCACCUCGUAGCUGUGAUUGGACCGACCGUUCUCGGUGUUGCCUAUUGGAUAUUGCCAGAAUCGCCCCGUUGGUUACUAGCCAGUGGAAAAUUAGACAAGGCGAAGAACGUGAUUAUGCAAGCCGUAAAACGGAAUGCCCUUGACAACGUUGAAGCGGAGAAGAAGUUGGAGGAACUCCUGACCGAAUUCAAAAAGGGACCGCAAGAUGUGUGUGAAGGAAAAGCUACGUUUAUCGACCUCGUCAGGAAGCCUGUCUUGAGGAAGAGGACGCUUAUCCUCUGCGGUUGCUGGUACGUAGCGUCUUUCACCUACUUCGCCACUUCCCUGAGCACGAGCGACUUAGCCGGCGAUCCAUUCCUCAACUUCGCUGUUGCUGGGGCCGUGGAGUUUCCUGCCUACGCAUUCUCCAUUCUUGCUGUUCAGAAGACUGGUCGUAGGAAAAGUCAAUCAUUGUCCAUGAUCCUAGCUGGGGCCGCGUGCGGGCUCUCCAUUCCUUUCACAGGCGACUUGUCUUGGCUCAAGACGUCUUUUGCAAUGUUAGGAAAAUUUCUCAUCACAGCAAGUUUCGGGAUCCUGUACGUCUACACGGCAGAAAUCUAUCCCACUUUGGUCCGGAACGUCGGUGUCGGUACCUGCUCCAUCGUGUCCCUCACCGCCGCCAUCGUCGCACCCUUUUUGAGGGAACUGGGCACCGCAACCAACAAAAGUGUCCCCUACGGUCUCUGCUGUGCUCUCUGCAUUUUCAGCGGCCUUUCAGCACUGUACCUGCCAGAAACUACAGGGGUGCAGCUUACGGAUACACUUGAAGAAGGAGAGACUUUUCAAGUCGAGACAGCCGCAGCAGCUUCGUGAAGAGCAACCUCGAAUGUGUCAUCCAAUUCAGCUAACUUGUGGUUUAUGAGCGUGACAUCGUUUAUGGAUUUUCCAUGUGCCUUUGCCACAUUCCUGAUGGACACUGCUGGGUGUUUCACGGAAACCCACAGGUGAAUACUUAGGAAAGAGCUGAAGCUAUCGAAGCUUUCAUUUUGGUGAACAUCCUCCGGACAUCGGUUGUGAACUGACAUGUAACUGGCUUAUUCGCAUAAGCUCAUUAAUUAAAUCCUGUCUUUUAAAUUUU